UAGUAGUAAGCGUAUUGUAUAUGACAAUCAAAAUUGACACUGACACUUGUUUCAUUUUAUUUUUCUGUCUCUUUCUUUCUUUGAUAAUUCUUGUCGAAAGGCGAAAUUAUGGCCACAUCCAAAAAGAAGACUAGGAAGUUGAGAGGACACGUCAGCCACGGCCAUGGACGUAUCGGCAAGCACCGUAAGCACCCUGGCGGUCGCGGUAAUGCUGGUGGUGAACAUCACCACAGAAUUAAUAUGGACAAGUACCACCCAGGAUACUUUGGAAAACUUGGCAUGAGAAAUUUCCAUGCCCGCAAGAACAAGGAUUUCUGCCCAGUCCUUAAUUUGGAUAAGUUGUGGACAUUGGUGUCAGAGCAAGCUCGCUUGAAAUAUGCCAAUGCCACAGACAAUAAAGUACCUGUCAUCAACAUUGUGAAGGCUGGUUACUACAAAUUACUAGGCAAGGGUAAACUCCCCAAGCAGCCUGUUAUUGUUAAAGCGAAAUUCUUCUCAAAAUCUGCAGAGAGAAAAAUAAAGGCUGUGGGUGGUGCGUGCGUAUUGUCUGCGUAAUUUUAAGUGUAAAAAAAAUAAAAUAUAAAAGCUAUAA